AUGCCUGUCACUUUGCAAACGACGGCUGAUCAAACGUACCAAGAUUGGCAACAUGAUCACUAUGACGAUAGUUUUGUGUUGGAAGAAGUCGAUCUGCUCGAGAAAGUAUACCCUGAUGAAGGAAGACAGCAAGUGACAGCCAUUGUGAGUACAUUUGAUAAACAUACGGCAGAAUCUAUUGUGAAGCGUCUCUGUGAGUAUGACAUGUUUCAUAGUUUUAUCGUCUGGAAUGAUAAUAGUAACAACAACAAUAAUGAAUUGGAUAUCAAAGGUUGUUCACGUCCAUUAGCUGUGAUAAAUCAUCCAUUCUCAAGAAAGGGUCCUGGUGCACGAUACUACGCAUGUCAUGCAGCAAAGACACCGUACUGCUUUUUUCAAGAUACGCUCAAUGAUGGUCAGAGUCUGAGGAGUGUUUACGCCAACUUUUUAAAGUCGCCACAAUUGAUUCAUGGAGAAUCUGGUAGUCAUGAUGCCUAUGUUGAUUCACAAUGGAGAUACUGCUUUUCGAAUGAAGAUAUUCAACUUCAUGCAUGUUAUGUCAAUAUGGGAUCAGGCACAUUUAUAGCAAAAGAGAUGGCUUCUCAAUUUAUUGGUAAAUAUGAUGCGAAUGAAUAUGCAGACAUCUAUUUCACAAUCUACAUGAAUCAAAUUCCGUAUCAGUUGGAAGGACAUGGAUCUUUAAAGAAAACACUUGGUGUAAAAGAGAUAGAGCAUAUGAAUCUAGGCCUAAAUACACUCUACAACCAUUUAAAGAAGCAAGGCACAGGGCUAUUGAAGCCAUAUGUAGAUAGUUUAUUUGAUCGCAAUGCGAGAGUCUCGUGCAAACGUGACCAGUGCUUAUUCUUGACCAACAAACAAGUAUUACCUGAUAUUCAACUAUUUUCUUAUAAUCCAACUGUUGGCAUACAGACAUCCAAACAGAUGCAUGAUGACUAUAUCACAGAUCAUUAUCAAGAACAUUUCUAUGCACAUGCUGUAGAUGAUAAUGAUAUGACCUCUUGGAAAUCAAUACAGAAUAUACAUGCUGGUGACUAUAUCGGAUUGGAUCUAUUGAUGCCCAUACGUACACCAUUAAAAUACAGAUUUGUUGUACAUCAUCCAUAUUACUACAAGAACAGCUUACGAAUUCAAAUAUCAUACAAUGGUUUAGAAUGGAUCAAACUCUAUCCUUCACCGCACCUCAAAUGCCAAAAUGCAGAUAUCAAUGAACAACUACUAGAAUGUCACUUUAUUGUGAGAGAAACAGGCUACAGAUAUAUUCGUUUGGAGAGCGUCAAAGAUUUUGAUUUUAAAUUUGAUGUAUACGACAUAUCAUUUAGUGCCAAAGUAAAGAAGGAUGAAGACGGCCAAUUAUUAGACAUAUCAUUGGACAAUGGGAUUGCAUUUGUAGAAGAUAAAUAA